CUUCCCGGCCCCUGCCGCGUGUGUGCGCCCCCUCCCGCCCCCUCCCUCUUCCUUUCCUUCUCCCCAUCCCCAACCCGCACCGGCCCGGAGGCACCGGCCCCUCCUCCGGCUCUCUCCGCUCCGCCAGCCCGCUCUAAAACCGCCCCUGGCGCUGGGCAGGGGCUUUUUGCUCCCAUCUCGCUCUGUCCCGGCACGUUUAUUUAGGCGCGCUUAAUUAUCGUCUGGUUCUUAUUUUUGCAGGGGAAAUUCAGCGCAGUUCUCUUGGAUUUCCUGUUGCGGCGGAGGGGAAGAAAAUCCCAACCUACUCGCCUUUUUUUCCUCUUUUUUCCCCCCUCUCCGCAGAGGGGUACGUGCGUGCGGGUGCGAGCAACGUGAAGUCCGGGCCCCGCUGGCCCCGCCGUGUCCGCGGCGGCGGCCGGGCAGGCUGGGGAGCACAAACGGCGGAGUUUCCGCCGCUGAAGCCCAUCCCCGGCCAGGAGCCGAGCGGUGCCUGCUGACGGCGGUGCGGGACCGGCGCAUCCCUGCGCGGCUGCUUCCCCGGUUCCCGCCGGGAUAGCUGCAGGAUGGGGAGACGGCGGUGGCUCUGGGCGCUGCGCGGCUGCUUCUUCCUAUGGCUGGGUUGCCUGGCGCUGCGGACGCACGGAGCGGCCGGGCGGCAGCAGCAGCAGCAGCAGCAGCAUCCACCACCGGCGCUCCGCGCUGCGGGAGGAGCGGGCGGCUCCUUCGCCGCCGCUGCCGCUUACCGGGAGGACCGGAUCGGCCGGGUCCGCAGGCGAGGACAGCAGGACGCGCUCCGCGGGCCAAAUGUUUGUGGCUCUAGAUUUCGUUCAUAUUGUUGCCCUGGAUGGAAGACACUCCCUGGAGGAAAUCAGUGCAUUGUUCCAAUUUGCAGAAAUAACUGUGGUGAUGGAUUUUGUUCCCGUCCCAACAUGUGCACCUGUGCAAGUGGGCAGAUAUCACCUACAUGUGGAUCAAAACCUGCGCAGCAGUGCAGCAUCAGCUGCAGGAAUGGCGGGAUGUGCGUGGACCARCGGUGCCAGUGCCAGAAGGGCUUCUCUGGGGCCCACUGUGAACAGCCUGUCUGUGAGAAUGGCUGUCAGAAUGGAGGACGAUGCGUUGGACCCAAUCGCUGUGCUUGUGUCUACGGCUUCACUGGCCCUCAGUGCCAAAGAGAUUACAGGACAGGCCCAUGUUUCACCCAGGUGAACAAUCAAAUGUGCCAGGGCCAGCUGACGGGGAUUGUGUGCACCAAGUCCCUGUGCUGUGCCACCAUGGGGCGUGCCUGGGGCCACCCCUGCGAGAUGUGCCCAGCCCAGCCCCAGCCCUGCCGCCGCGGUUUCAUCCCCAACAUCCGCACCGGUGCCUGCCAAGAUGUUGAUGAGUGCCAGGCUAUCCCUGGAGUCUGCCAAGGAGGAAACUGCAUUAAUUCAGUAGGUUCUUACGAGUGCAAGUGUCCUGUUGGCCACAAACAGAAUGAGGCAACUCAAAAAUGUGAUGAUAUUGAUGAAUGCAGCAUCAUCCCAGGGAUUUGUGAGGGWGGUGUUUGCUCCAACACCGUGGGAAGUUAUUUCUGCGUCUGCCCRCGGGGUUAUGUCACGUCCAGGGAUGGAUCCUGCAUUCCUGAUCAGAGAGCAGGCACGUGUUUCUCCAGCGUAGUGAGUGGCCGCUGCGCCCAGGAGCUGCCCGGGAGGUUCUCCAAGAGGCAGUGCUGCUGUGAGUCUGGCCAGUGCUGGGCCACUGGCUCUGUCCCAGAGGUGUGUCCUGCCAGAGGAUCUGAUGAACACCGCAGGCUGUGUGUGGACGGUGCUGCUGCCCGAGGCGGCUCCCGGCGCGCUGGGACGGGAGGGAGCACGUUCCUUCCCGGGGGCAAUGGCAACGGCUUCGGGCCCAGAGGUGCUGGGUUCAUUCCCAUCCCAGGAAGCAACGGCUUCUCCCCGGCCGUGGGUGGAACGGGAGCAGGAACAGGUGGUCAGAGUCCCGCUGGAAGUGGCCCAAUCAUUACAGGGCUAACGAUACUCAAUCAGACAACAGACAACUGCAAACACCAUCCCAACCUUUGUCUGAAUGGACGUUGUAUUCCAACCCCCUCUAGUUACAGAUGUGAAUGCAACAUGGGAUAUAAGCAGGAUGCAAAUGGGGACUGUAUUGAUGUUGAUGAGUGCACAUCAAACCCCUGCUCCARCGGGGACUGUGUCAACACACCUGGUUCCUAUUACUGCAAGUGCCACGCAGGAUUCCAGAGAACUCCUACCAAGCAAGCCUGCAUUGACAUCGAUGAGUGUGUUCAGAAUGGUGUUCUUUGUAAAAAUGGCCGCUGUGUAAACACUGAGGGAAGCUUCCAGUGCAUUUGCAAUGCUGGGUUUGAGCUGACUACAAAUGGAAAAAAUUGUGUGGACCAUGAUGAGUGUGCCAUGGCAAACAUGUGCUUGAAUGGGAUGUGCAUAAAUGAAGAUGGGAGCUUUAAAUGCAUCUGUAAACCUGGAUUUGUUCUGGCUCCAGAUGGACGUUACUGUACUGAUAUUGAUGAAUGCCAGACAUCAGGAAUUUGCAUGAAUGGUCAUUGCAUAAACACUGAAGGUUCAUUUCGCUGUGAUUGUCCACCUGGCUUGGUUGUAGGGGUUGAUGGUCGUGUUUGCGUAGAUACUCAUGUGCGUAGCACAUGCUAUGGGGGCAUCAGGAAAGGGCUGUGUGUCCGUCCCUUCCCUGGUGCUGUGACAAAAUCUGAAUGCUGCUGUGCCAAUCCUGACUAUGGUUUUGGAGAGCCGUGUCAUCCCUGCCCUGCUAAAAACUCAGCUGAGUUCCAUGGCCUGUGUAGCAGUGGAAUAGGUAUCACUGUUGAUGGAAGAGACAUCAAUGAGUGUGCUUUGGAUCCCGAUAUUUGCUCCAACGGGAUUUGUGAGAACCUGCGUGGCAGCUAUCGUUGUAACUGCAACAGCGGCUAUGAGCCUGAUCUUGCUGGAACCAACUGUGUGGACAUCGAUGAGUGCUCCAUGAACGGGCUGCUGUGUGACAACGGGCUCUGCCGGAACACCCCAGGCAGCUACAGCUGCUCCUGCCCCAAGGGUUACCUGUUCAGCUCAGAGACAGACACCUGUGAAGAUAUAAAUGAAUGUGAAAGCAGCCCAUGUGCCAAUGGUGCCUGCAGGAACAACCUUGGAUCAUUCCACUGUGAGUGUUCAUCUGGCAGCAAGCUGGACCCUACAGGGCUGAUCUGUAUUGAUAGCCUGAAGGGGACUUGCUGGCUCAAUAUCCGAGACAGCCACUGUGAAGCCAACAUCAACGGUGCCACACUGAAAUCUGAAUGCUGUGCCACCUUAGGAGCAGCUUGGGGCAGCCCAUGUGAACGGUGUGAAUUAGACACAGCUUGCUCGAGAGGAUUUGCCAGAGUGAAAGGUGUUAACUGUGAAGACGUCAAUGAGUGCGAGGUUUUCCCGGGGGUUUGUSCCAAUGGGCGGUGCAUCAACAGCAGAGGCUCCUUCCACUGCGAGUGCCCCGAGGGGCUGACCCUGGACGGAACAGGCCGGCUGUGCUUAGAUACCCGCACGGAGCAGUGCUACCUGCGCUGGGAUGAGGAUGAAUGCACGCAGCCGGUGCCCGGCCGGCUCCGGAGGGAUUCCUGCUGCUGCGCCGUGGGCGCUGCCUGGGGCUCCAGCUGUGAGCGCUGCCCUGAGCCCGGAACCAAGGAACACCAGGCUCUAUGCCCCAGGGGCCCGGGCUUCUCCAACAGGGGCGAUGCUCUGACCGGCCGGCCCUUCUACAAAGAUAUCAAUGAAUGUAAAGUGUUCCMUGGAAUGUGCAUGAAUGGUAAAUGCAGAAACACAAUUGGAAGUUUCAGAUGCAGAUGUAACAGUGGGUUCGCUUUAGAUAUGGAGGAAAGRAACUGUACAGACAUUGAUGAGUGCAGAAUCUCCCCAGACCUGUGUGGAAGUGGUGCUUGUGUCAACACUCCGGGYAGCUUUGAGUGUGAGUGCUUUGAUGGCUACGAGAGUGGAUUUAUGAUGAUGAAGAACUGCAUGGACAUAGAUGAGUGUGAGCGCAACCCUCUGCUGUGCAGAGGUGGCAYUUGUGUCAACACUGAGGGGAGCUUUCGGUGUGACUGUCCCCUGGGACAUGAGCUGUCACCAUCACAGGAGGAAUGCAUUGAUGUGAAUGAGUGCUCGUUGAGUGACACUCUCUGCAGGAAUGGCAAGUGUGUGAACAUGGUUGGGACGUACCAGUGCUUCUGUGACUCCGGGUAUCAGCCCACUCCUGACAGGCAAGGAUGCACAGAUAUUGAUGAGUGCAUGAUAAUGAAUGGAGGCUGUGACACCCACUGCACCAACUCAGAAGGCAGCUAUGAGUGCAGCUGCAGUGAUGGCUACGCUYUGAUGCCAGAUGUCAGGACAUGUGCAGAUAUUGAUGAAUGUGAAAACAAUCCAGAUAUCUGUGAUGGUGGGCAGUGUACCAAUGUCCCAGGGGAAUAUCGCUGUCUCUGUUACGAUGGAUUUAUGGUUUCUGUAGACAUGAAAAAUUGCGUUGAUGUGAAUGAAUGUGAUUUGAACUCCAACAUCUGUAUGUUUGGGGAGUGUGAAAACACCAAAGGCUCCUUCAUUUGUCACUGCCAAGCUGGGUAUUCAGUCAAGAAAGGAACCACGGGGUGCACAGAUGUGAAUGAGUGUGAAACUGGAGCUCACAACUGUGACAUGCAUGCCUCRUGUGUCAAUGUACCAGGAAGCUUUAAAUGCAGUUGCAGAGAAGGCUGGGUUGGAAAUGGUAAUAAGUGUAUUGAUCUUGAUGAGUGCUCCAAUGGGACCCAGCGGUGCAGUGCCAACGCUCAGUGUGUGAACAGCCCCGGCUCCUACCACUGUGCCUGUGCAGAGGGAUUCACUGGAGACGGCUUCAUCUGCUCUGAUGUUGACGAGUGUGCAGAGAACAUCAAUCUGUGUGAAAACGGGCAAUGCCUGAAUGCCCCUGGCGCCUUCCGCUGCGAGUGUGAGAUGGGCUUCAUUUCUGCCCCUGACAGCAGGUCCUGCCAAGACACCGAUGAAUGUUCCUUCCAGAAUAUCUGUGUGUUUGGCACCUGUAAUAAUCUCCCAGGAAUGUUUCGUUGUAUCUGUGAUGAUGGCUAUGAACUGGACCGAACUGGGGGAAACUGCACGGAUAUCGAUGAAUGUGCCGAUCCCAUUAAUUGUGUAAAUGGUCUUUGUGUAAAUACUCCUGGGAGAUACGAGUGCAAUUGUCCUCCAGACUUCCAGCUGAAUCCUACUGGAGUGGGUUGUGUGGAUAACCGUGUGGGCAGCUGCUACCUGAAAUAUGGACCAAGAGGGGACGGGGGCCUGUCCUGCAACACUGAGGUUGGAGUUGGAGUCAGCCGUUCCUCGUGCUGCUGCUCACUGGGAAGGGCUUGGGGGAACCCCUGUGAGACCUGUCCCCCUGUAAACAGCACUGAGUACAAUACUCUCUGUCCAGGAGGAGAAGGAUUCAGACCAAAUCCCAUCACUAUUAUUUUAGAAGACAUUGAUGAAUGUCAGGAGCUGCCUGGUCUCUGCCAAGGUGGAAAUUGCAUCAACACCUUUGGCAGCUUCCAGUGUGAAUGCCCAAAAGGCUACUACCUCAGUGAGGAGACAAGAAUCUGUGAAGACAUUGAUGAGUGUGUGACACACCCUGGUGUCUGCGGUCCUGGCACCUGCUACAACACCUURGGCAACUACACCUGCAUUUGCCCUCCUGAAUAUAUGCAGGUGAAUGGAGGACACAACUGCAUGGACAUGAGGAAAAGCUUUUGCUACAGAAGUUACAAUGGAACAUUGUGUGAGAAUGAGCUGCCGUUCAAUGUGACCAAAAGGAUGUGCUGCUGCACGUACAACAUUGGGAAAGCUUGGAACAAACCUUGUGAGCCAUGUCCAACUCCAGGAACGGCUGAAUUCAAGAACUUAUGUGGGAAUAUUCCUGGCUUCACUUUCGAUAUUCAUACUGGAAAAGCUGUUGACAUUGAUGAAUGUAAGGAAAUCCCAGGAAUCUGUGCCAAUGGAGUUUGUAUCAAUCAGAUUGGCAGCUUUCGCUGUGAGUGCCCGACUGGAUUCAGCUACAAUGACCUGCUCUUGGUCUGUGAAGAUAUUGAUGAGUGCAGCAACGGGGACAACCUCUGCCAGAGAAAUGCUGAGUGUAUCAACAGCCCGGGGAGCUACCGCUGUGAAUGUGCUGCCGGCUUCAAACUGUCACCCAACGGUGCCUGCRUUGAUCGCAAUGAAUGUCUGGAAAUUCCUAACGUUUGCAGUCAUGGUUUAUGCGUGGACAUGCAGGGGAGCUACCAGUGCGUAUGUCACAAUGGUUUCAAGGCAUCCCAGGAUCAGACCAUGUGCAUGGAUGUUGAUGAAUGUGAACAGUAUCCGUGUGGAAAUGGAACCUGCAAGAACACGGUUGGAUCCUUCAACUGCCUGUGUUACCCAGGAUUUGAAUUAACUCGUAAUAAURAUUGUAUGGAUGUUGAUGAAUGCAGUUCCUUCUUUGGUCAGGUGUGCAGAAAUGGACGGUGUUUCAAUGAAAUUGGCUCUUUCAAAUGUUUGUGUAAUGAAGGAUAUGAGCUUACUCCGGAUGGCAAGAAUUGUGUCGAUACCAAUGAAUGUGUGGCACUGCCUGGUUCCUGYUCUCCUGGUACCUGCCAGAAUUUGGAGGGAUCGUUCAGAUGCAUCUGUCCGCCGGGUUAUGAAGUAAAAAGUGAAAGUUGUAUUGAUAUUAAUGAGUGUAACGAGGACCCCAACAUCUGCCUCUUUGGGUCUUGUACAAACACGCCAGGAGGUUUCCAGUGCAUCUGUCCCACAGGUUUUGUGCUGUCUGAUAAUGGGAGGAGAUGCUUUGAUACUCGUCAGAGCUUCUGUUUCACCAACUUUGAGAAUGGGAAGUGCUCGGUGCCAAAGGCUUUCAACACCACAAAGGCCAAGUGUUGCUGCAGUAAAAUGCCAGGAGAAGGAUGGGGUGAUCCUUGUGAGCUCUGUCCAAAGGAAGAAGAAGUUGCCUUUCAGGACCUGUGCCCAUAUGGUCAUGGAACUAUUCCUGGAAUUGAUGACACACGUGAAGAUGUCAAUGAAUGCCUUGAAAGCCCAGGAAUUUGCUCCAAUGGUCACUGCAUCAAUACUGAUGGAUCAUUCCGCUGCGAGUGCCCCAUGGGAUACAACUUGGAUUUCACAGGAGUGCAUUGCAUAGAUACUGAUGAAUGUUCCAUUGGCAACCCCUGUGGAAACGGAACGUGCUCUAAUGUGGUCGGCAGCUUUGAGUGCAGCUGUCAUGAAGGAUUUGAGCCAGGCCCAAUGAUGAAUUGUGAAGAUAUCAAUGAGUGUGCUCAGAACCCCUUGCUGUGUGCUUUCCGUUGUAUCAACACUUACGGUUUCUAUGAGUGCACSUGCCCAGUGGGAUAUGAACUGAGGGAGGACCAAAAGAUGUGCAAAGAUCUAGAUGAGUGUGCUGAAAGUCUCCAUGACUGUGAAUCAAGAGGCAUGAUUUGCAAAAAUCUGAUUGGUACCUUCAUGUGCAUUUGUCCUCCUGGGAUGACCCAGAGACCUGAUGGAGAAGGAUGCACAGAUGAGAACGAGUGCCGCUCCAAGCCAGGUGUCUGUGAAAAUGGUCGUUGUGUGAAUGUUAUCGGGAGCUACAGAUGUGAAUGCAACGAAGGAUUCCUGUCAAGUCCAUCAGGAAUUGAGUGUCUCGAUAAUCGCCGAGGGUUUUGCUUUGCUGAAGUUCUGCAGACCAUGUGUCAGAUGGCUUCRAGCAGCCAGAAUCUUGUCACCAGGUCCGAGUGCUGCUGUGACGGAGGCCGGGGCUGGGGGAACCAGUGCAGGCUCUGCCCCCUUCCUGGAACCACCCAGUACAAGAAACUCUGUCCACAUGGGUCAGGCUACACCACAGACGGAAGAGAUAUUGAUGAAUGUACGGUCUUGCCAAACCUGUGCAGGAAUGGGCAGUGCAUUAACACGAUGGGCUCUUUCCGGUGCUUUUGCAAAGCUGGCUACACCACUGACAUAACUGGCACAUCUUGUAAUGAUCUUGAUGAGUGCUCCCAGUCUCCCAGACCAUGCAAUUUUAUCUGCAAGAACUCAGAAGGGAGCUAUCAGUGUUCAUGUCCCCGGGGCUAUAUCCUUCAGGAAGAUGGGAAGACAUGUAAAGAUCUUGAUGAAUGCCAAACCAAACAACACAAUUGUCAGUUCCUCUGCGUCAACACCCUUGGAGGCUUCACAUGCAAAUGUCCACCUGGUUUUACACAACAUCACACAGCUUGUAUUGAUAACAAUGAAUGUGGUUCUCAUCCAUCACUUUGUGGAUCAAAAGGAAUUUGCCAAAACACUCCUGGAAGUUUCACCUGUGAAUGUCAAAGGGGAUUUUCUCUGGAUUCUACUGGAUUAAACUGUGAAGAUGUGAAUGAAUGUGAUGGAAACCACAGGUGCCAGCAUGGAUGUCAGAACAUCCUGGGUGGAUACAGAUGUGGAUGCCCACAGGGAUUUAUUCAGCACUACCAGUGGAAUCAGUGUGUUGAUGAAAAUGAAUGCUCCAAUCCUCACACGUGUGGCUCYGCUUCUUGCUACAACACCCUGGGAAGUUACAGGUGUGUCUGCCCAUCCGGGUUUUCCUAUGACCAGUUCUCCAGUGCCUGCCACGAUGUCAAUGAGUGCUCUUCUGCCAAGAACCCYUGCAAUUAUGGUUGUUCCAACACUGAAGGUGGUUAUCUCUGUGGCUGCCCUCCUGGCUAUUACAGAGUUGGACAAGGACACUGUGUCUCAGGGCUGGGAUUUAACAAAGGCCAGUACCUGCCACUGGAUGGAGAUGCUGAUGAGGAGAACGCUUUGUCCCCUGAAGCAUGUUAUGAGUGCAAAAUCAAUGGCUACUCCAAGAAAGACAGCAGGAAGAAGAGAAGUGCUAACACUAUGGAGCGGCGGAGCUGGGGCAGCGUGGGCACGGAGAGCCCGCUGACGGUGAGGGUGAACAUGUCCCGCCUGCAGAGCGGAGAGCCCAUCCUGCAGCUGCUGCCGGCGCUCCAGGCGCUGCGGCGGCGCGAGCGCUACGUCAUCUCCCGGGGCAACGGGGGCGGGGCCUUCCAGCUGCGCGCGCGGGGCGGCGCGAGCGCGCUGCGGGCCGUGAGGGGCCGGGCCGGGCGCGGGGCCCACGGGCUGGAGAUCCGCAGCGUUCCGCGGCACCGGCACAACGACCUCCGAGCSGAGCUGGGCCGGGCCCUCCGGGUAAGGCUCUGGGUGCACCUCUAUUAAUGGCCGUGUUCCAGAGGGAAUGGGCGCAUUCCGGCUCUUCAGCCGCUUGUGUUGUAUCUACACGCCCGGGAGUAUCUGCUUUUUUCAAAGUGCGUCUCCUUUGGAAAAGUGUGUUUUGGGGGAGGAAGGCAGAGGGGCAAGAGCCCUUCCUUUCCGUCCUGCCAAGACUGCAGAAUCACCCUUUUUAGGGGGGGUGACUUAAACCCUGCCACUGCCAAAACUUCUACUACAARGGCAAAUCAUGGUUACUGUAUCUUUUAUAUAGCCUCGAUUUAAAGUAUAUUAAAAAACUAAAGGUCCAGAAGACAUCAUAUGGCACUAAAUGGCACAAAAAUGUGAGCUAUUUUUUUUUUUCCUAUUAGCAGUCUGUAACACUUCGGGUAUUUUGCUAUAGUUCCUAAUGAAAAAAAUUAUAGAAGUUUAUUUAUUUUUAAUGCAGUAAUAUAUGGAGAAAAUAACAAAUUAUGUAAACAAAAAGGGAAACUUGAUUGUUUUUCUUUACUUUAUAAAUUUGAGCUAUAACAUUUUAGAGGUACUUAAUUAAGAAACAAAGAAGUAGAUUUGAAAGAUACUUUCUUUUCUACUUACACCAGUCAUCCAAAUAGUAUAUAAGUAAUUCUGAAAUAUAUCAGAGCUGAAAGAUCACUGUGGUAGGAUAUUCUAAAGUGCUCUUAUGUAUGAGUUUUAAAAAAGAAGGGAAAAAAGUCAUAGAGAACAAGUAUCACAAUAUCAAGUCUGCAGAGAUCAUAUUUCAYAGCAGUUCACUGGGAUUGUGCUCUGAAUCAACCACAGUAAAGUGGAAGAGACAACCCCUGUAGCAAAAUACCUUGAUUGUUUUUUGAUCCCAUUAGAAUUACAGAACUAAACCAUGCUCUCCUUCCCUCAGUGACCUCCAAGAGCCACACAAGCAACCCCACCUCAUGCUCAGAAAAGGUGCUACACAAACUGGCAUUAAUUCCUGCAGGCAGCUGAAGGAAAUGUCUUUUUCAAGGGAAUGUUUCACUCUCCUAGGUGCUGGCUCAAAAACAGGGUGUGCUUACUAAACCCUGAGAGCUGUGUCAGGACUGCCAUACCUGCAAACUUAAUUAUUGCAGCACUGGCGAGGAAAAUCAUGUAUUUGAAGUGCAUUUGUUAGAAAUCUCAUUAAUGCUGUAGUUAUACAYGCAUCAUUUUAUCAUAGCUUAUUCUGUAAGGAAGAUGAUUGUACAAUGACUUGAGUUUUAGUUUAGUGAAUUUUUGUUUUUCUUUUUAAAUUUUGUACUGUCAUGUGUUAAGUGUCUGUCUCAGUGGUGCUUUCUGUGACAGCUGGUGCCUGUAACUGGCCAUGCAACAGAAUCUCACAUGUGAAAAUGGCCAGAGCUCAUCCAGGAUUGUUCCAGUUGCAUAUACGUGCUGACCAAAGACUAUACCAAGUUAAACUCAGUGAUUUUUCUUCUCUCUUSUUGAGUUUGGGGAUUUUGAAAAAAAAUGUUGUAGGAAAAAAUGUUUUCUCUUGAACGUUUGUAUCAGUAAGACAACACUUCUUGCAAUAAAGCUUAUUUUGGGUUAGUUUUUGUCCUUUUAUUCUAUUUAGAAUUAAACUGGUGAUUGAUUUUAAGUAAUAGCCAACACUGGCUGUGGUCUGGAACCGCAUUUAUUUGACUUUACUUUCAGAUCUGGUGGUGCAAGUUUCUUUAGGAUUCAAAGCUGCUUCUGGGAAAAACUACUGACAUCUACAGAAAUAAAAAGAUCUUUAGGAGUCUGAUAAAUACAUACAGGACAGCACGGCGUUUAAAGCUUUUCAGGUGUCAUCAGUGACUUAGAAGAAGGCUAGUUUUUGUAGCCUUUAAGAAACUAUCAUCAGGUAACACCUGCAUUAACUAAUCACACAGUAUGUACAAAGUACAAGAAAUGCCUUAUCCUUCUCUAGAAAGGCAGCAUUGUCACCCAUAUUAAGUUGUUAAAGACAGUUAUGCACAAUCCCAGAUAGAAGUUAAGCCCAGCUUCAAAUCCAUAUGAAAAAAUGUCUUGAAUUAAAAGAAAUCCAAGACAGAACCACAUCCUUGCAAUCCAGUGUGUCACAGUAUGUAUUUGUACACCCAUUUAUCCAAACUCUACAUUUUAACAGUCCCUAGUCUUUUAAUGAAAAAUAUUUAAUGAGGAAGCUGACUACACAUGCACAGGUAAGACUAGUGUUCCAGGAAKCUGCAAAACCCCCAAGC